CAACGCUAACUCUUUUUUUCCAUCUCCCAAUAAACAAACAUAAAUCCCCCAACCGUGGUCGUCUCCUCUCACCGCUUCUUCAAUUUCUCGAUAAGAAAAGAAGGAAGAGCAAAAUAACCUCAAAAAUCUAAAACAAAGUCUACACCUUAGUCGGCAGGAGUAGCGGAAGCAGGAGGAGGAGAAGAUGUCGUGGCAAUCGUAUGUUGAUGACCACUUGAUGUGUGAGAUCGAGGGGACCCAUCUCACAUCUGCCGCUAUUAUCGGCCAUGACGGCACUGUUUGGGCUCAGAGCGCUAAUUUCCCUCCGUUUAAGCCAGAGGAGAUCGCAGCUAUUAUGAAUGAUUUUUCUGAACCUGGGACCCUUGCUCCAACUGGACUGUAUCUCGGUGGCACAAAGUAUAUGGUGAUUCAAGGGGAACCAGGGGCUGUUAUCAGAGGAAAGAAGGGUCCUGGAGGGAUUACUGUUAAGAAGACCAACUUGGCUUUGAUUAUUGGUAUAUAUGAUGAGCCUAUGACUGCCGGUCAGUGCAACAUGAUUGUUGAAAGGCUGGGUGAUUAUCUUAUUGAUCAGAGUUUCUAGGCUUGCUGUUGGAAUUUGUUGCAGAAUACUAUUAUUUAUAUCAUUAUGGAGGUCUUGGACGAGUCUGCGUGUGCUUCAACCUCAAAAGUGAAGGGUGUAGUAUUUUUCUUGUAUCAAUUAUUAUUAUCCAUCACUGUAUCUUCGCUUUGCUUAUGAUAAGCUGUUUCCUCCCUUUUAAAUGGGUGAUACUUAAUGGAAUGAUUUGAUUGAGAUGCUUGAGGUUUUUGAA